UGUUUCUUUAUAAUAGGUCGGGGUGGAACUAAGAUAAGAGAAAUUGAGGAUUCUUCGGGUUCCAGGAUAAAGGUUAUAAAGGGAACCUGUGAAGCUGAAGUAAAGAUUUUUGGCAGCAUUGCUGUGCAAAACAAAGCCAAGAUGUUGAUUGAUGAUGCUAUUACAAGAUCUGGACAAAACUACAUUAGAGGAAAAACCUUGGACACUAUCAAGCCUGAAAAUAACCCAAGGAAAUUCGUGAUUAACUGGGCCUCUCUUCGAGAAAACAAAGCUAAAUAUGAAGCUAUGAAGUGGGCAGAUUUGCCUCCAAUUGAGAAAAACUUCUAUAAAGAAUCAUCAAGGACUGCAUCUAUGUCACAAGAAGAAGUGGAACUGUGGCGGAAAGAAAAUAAUAAUAUAAUUUGUGAUGACUUAAAAGAAGGUGAAAAGCGCUGCAUUCCCAAUCCUGUUUGUAAAUUUGAAGAUGUAUUUGAGCAUUAUCCUGAUAUUAUGGCUAAUAUAAGAAAAGUUGGUUUUCAAAAACCUACACCAAUUCAGUCCCAGGCAUGGCCGAUCAUACUGCAAGGAAUUGAUCUUAUUGGUAUAGCACAGACUGGUACUGGGAAGACGUUAGCAUACUUAAUUCCUGGAUUCAUUCACUUGACUUCGCAACCAAUAUCCAAAGAUCAGCGAGGAGGGCCUGGAAUGUUAGUCCUUGCUCCCACUCGAGAACUGGCUCUUCAAGUAGAGGCAGAGUGUUUGAAGUACACAUAUAAAGGAAUUAAAAGUAUUUGCAUAUAUGGUGGUGGGGACCGAAAAGAACAGAUACACGUGGUUACCAAAGGUGUGGAUAUUGUUAUUGCUACUCCUGGCAGACUGAAUGAUCUUCAAAUGAACAACUUCAUAAAUUUGAAGAGCAUAACAUACUUGGUUUUAGAUGAGGCUGACAGAAUGUUGGAUAUGGGAUUCGAACCUCAGAUAAUGAAGAUCCUAAUAGAUGUGCGGCCUGACAGACAAACUGUUAUGACAAGUGCUACUUGGCCUGAUGGUGUUCGUCGCCUAGCCAAAUCCUAUUUGAAAAAUCCUAUGAUUGUAUAUGUUGGCACUCUUGACUUAGCAGCAGUAAAUACGGUGGAACAGAGAGUUAUUGUUAUUGCUGAGGAGGAAAAGAGAGCUUAUAUGCAACACUUCAUUGACUCUAUGAAGCCAAAAGAUAAGGUCAUCAUUUUUGUGGGAAAAAAACUUACAGCUGAUGACUUAGCAAGUGACUUUGGUCUCCAGGGAAUUCCAGUACAGUCACUUCAUGGUAACAGGGAACAGUGUGAUCGGGAGCAGGCUUUAGAUGACUUCAAGACAGGUAGAGUCAGAAUACUGGUAGCUACUGACUUAGCAUCCCGUGGCCUUGAUGUGCAUGAUAUUACUCAUGUUUUUAACUUUGACUUCCCUCGCAACAUUGAAGAAUAUGUUCAUAGAGUAGGUCGUACUGGAAGAGCAGGGCGCACUGGGGAGGCAGUAACGCUUGUCACGAAGAACGACUGGAGGGUUGCAUCUGAGCUGAUUGAAAUUCUGGAAAGAGCAAACCAAGUAGUUCCUAAUGAGCUUAUUGCAAUGGCAGAAAGGUACAAACAAUUUCAAAUCAGAAAAGAAAUUGAAAAGGAUAUACGAAGACCUCAGAGAAAGCCCUCAAAAUAA